CCGCCCCGGAAGGCAGCGAGCGCUCGGCCCCGCCGCGAUGCUGCAGCUCCGGGACGCGGAGGACGGCAGCGGCCCAUCCGGGAGCCCCGGGAGCCCCGGUGCGGCGGAGUUGCUGGUGCCGGGGGGAGCAGGGCAAUCCCCGGAGCCGGUCCCGGUACCGCAGAGGCUGCAGCCGCUGCGGGUCCGCACCGCCACCCGCGCCGGCCGCCUCCGGGAGUACUUCGUGUUCCGGCCCGGUAGCAUCGAACGAGCCGUCAGCGAGAUCCGCGUCGUGGUGUCGCCGGCGGAGGACGGGGAGGUGCAGAGCGUCUGGCUGCUGGCGGAGAUUGACCACUGGAACAACGAGAAGGAGCGCCUGGUUCUCAUCACAGACUGGUCCCUGCUGAUUUGCAAAUACAACUUCAUCAGCCUGCAGUGCCAGCAUGUGACCAGGAUCUCCCUCAGUGCAGUUGACACCAUCUCAGUAGGAGCCUUUGAGUUCCCACCCAAAUCUCUCAACAAGCGAGAAGGCCUUGGCAUCAGGGUCCAGUGGGACAAGCAGAGCCGUGGCUCCUUCCUCAACAGAUGGAACCCCUGGUCCACCAGCAUCCCCUACGUCACCUUCACCGAGCACCCCAUGGCAGAUGCUGAUGAGAAGAUUGUCUCCCUCUGUCUGCUGGAAAACUUCAAGACUCAGCUCAUCCAAGCUGUGAAGAAAGCCCACAAGGAGCGGCCCCUGCCAGGCAGGGCCAGUGGUGUGCUGGUGCUGGAGUGUCCCCUUCUGAUCGAGACCUACCUGGGGCUGAUGUCCUUCAUCAACAACGAGGCCAAGCUUGGCUACUCCAUGACAAGAGGCAGAAUUGGGUUUUAGACUCCCUGGCAUUCCGUGUUCCCAAGGGAAGGGAGCUGCUGCUCUUCUCCCGGGCAGAACACAGCGGGGUGAAGGUUGGGGUGGUUGUGGAGCUGAUGUUCACAGGAGGCCCUGCCUGCUGUGGUCAGGUGAAUCUGGAGCAGACACAGGGCAGUGUCCUUGCUGUAUUUUGUAUCUAACCUGCAGUUCUUACUGGUUCCUGUACAGGCAGCAGUGAUGUUCCCAGUUCCAAUGGUCCUCCCUCUUCAUUAAGUGCAAUUGCUCCUUGCUCCAAACGCCCAGGACACAGCAGAACAUUCCUGUCCCAUCACAGCUGUGUCCCUGUCUGUGCUGUCCAGUGCUGUGUGUGCUUGGGAUGGAGCUGCAGCACAGUUCAAUCCUAGUGAGCUUUGAUUCAUGCCUAUGACCAGCUAGGAAAGCAAGGCCAUUCCCUAGCCCAGCAGCACAAGGUGGCAGAGCUGCACUGGGAGGGCUGCUCAGGAGCUGUGCACACUAAACAUUUGUCAACUCAAGUAUCUCUGAGUCUAAACUCCCUCAUUUCUUCUGUAGAUUCUCUUGCUGCAGCCUUAGAACAGACUUUCUGGAGAUAAUAUUGCCAAAAGCCUUCAUUGCUCUUCAUACCUGAGGGGGAAUUCUGCUCUGGUCUCUGUCCUUAGAGCUCCUCCACCUUGGGGCAGCAGCAGCAGUGCAGGCUUUGAUCUGCCUCUAUUACAGCCUUUAAGCACAGGAUGCCAGACCUGGUUUAGACAUUCUUAUGCUUACCCCCAGAGCAGAGUCCAGAACUGAACUUCAGCAGCAGCAGCAGCUCCUCUAACCCCACUCCUGAGGUUCCUUUGACAAGCUCCUCCCUCGUGUCUGGAGACCUUCUCCACUGUGCCUGACCUGUGCACGCUGCAACGCUGAAUGGAAGCUGUGCUGCAGUGGGGCUUGGGAGCUUGCAACAGAGCUGUGUUUGUGAAGCUUGUGUCAAGCUGAAGGCAUGAAGCAGAGCUGCAUGUGCCCCUCAAUGCCCCUAAGGUAUUGAUUUAAUCUUCAGUAAUCUUGCAGUAAAGUGAAAUUCCAACUCA